AUGAGAAGCAGCGCGGGUCGAGAAGAGACGAGCUCGCACAUGGUUGUUCCUUAUGAACAAACAUCUCAACUGCUGAUACACUCAAAACAGAGUAGGCGGGAAGGAAACUCCAGUGGGGCCACGAGAUCAAGAAAGCUAGCAAGUGCCAUUGUUAGUCCACAUGGUGUAGCUCACCCUAUGGCUAUGGAAGAGAAUGUGACUGUGAGGAAUAAAUUUGAGGGUCGAAUCUUAUCGUUCUCCUCUUCGGAAGGCAACAACUCUGGUAUCAAGGAUGACCAGAUGAUUGAGGCACUGAAUGACAUGGAGUCAAUGGAUCAAACGAACGGAGGCUUGCUGGACGAUGAAAUGGAGGGAGACGACCUCCUUGGGUUGGACUUAAUGGAGAUGGAGAAUACUAGCUCUGUCGCUGCUCCUAAGGAGGUAGGAGAUGGACAGAAAGUGAGGUCUGCGAGAUCCAAGAAGCAUGGCUCUAAACGAAAUGCCUCUUUGGGCAUUACCACAAGGAAGUUUGAGAUGAUUCGACGGGGAUCUCCGAUACGUCGUCUGGUGCCAUCGAAAGUGAACACAGGGAAUGGGGAGAAGCAUAAGAAGAAAGACGGUUCAAGGAGCGACCUCACAGUUCGACGCCUUACGGAGAUGUGUCAGAAGCAUCGCCCAGGACUUGUGUUCUUUUCUGAAACGAAGAAUAGGAAGCUGCGGUUGCAAAACCUUCAGGCUGACUUAGGAUUUGAUCAUGUGUUUACCGUUGAGCCACUUGGUCUCAGCGGAGGUUUAGCUUUAUUUUUUAUGGAUGAAUUUCAAGUUAAUGUUCUAUUUUCAAAUAACCGAAUGAUUGACAUUGAGGCAGUCAUUGAUGGAAUAAAAGUCUUUAUGACGUUUGUUUAUGGAGAUCCUGUAUUAGAACGAAGAGAUCAAGUUUGGGAACGUCUUACGCGUUUCUCAACAACAAGGAAUGGACCUUGGUUUAUGAUAGGAGAUUUCAAUGAAAUUAUUGAUCAUAAUGAAAAGGAAGGAGGUAGACAACGUACUGAUAGUUCUUUCUUACCUUUCAAGCAAAUGCUAAGUGAUUGUGGGAUGCUGGAAUUUCCAUAUACUGGAGAUAUGCUAUCAUGGGUUGGUAAAAGAGCAGGGAGAGUAACUGUUAGAUGUCGGCUGGACAGAGCUGUAGGAAACGCUGACUGGCAUGAAAAGUUCCCUCAUUCGAAAACAAAGUAUAUGAGAUUAUGGGGGUCGGAUCAUCGUCCGAUACUUGCUGAUAUUCUCAAAAAGCCAGCCAGGAGAUCGAGGAAAUUUAAGUUUGACAAAAGAUGGUUGGAUAAUGAGGAACUGAGACAAGUUAUUUUGGAGGGAUGGAAAUCACCUGAUCUUCCUCCCAAUGCUUCUCUAAUGGAACAUAUUUCCAGUUGUAGAAAGGCAUUAAGUGAGUGGAGGAGACAAAAUAAUAUAAACUCUGCGAAAUUGAUGGAAGAGCUUAAAGAAAAAGUGGAGGGUUUAUAUGCAGAUGAUAAUGCUACAACUGAGGAGAUAGCAGCAGUUUUGAAGGAGCUUUCUGAUGCUCUUAAGGCGGAAGAAAUGUUCUGGAAACAAAAGAGUCGUGUAUUUUGGCUAAGGGAAGGAGACCGCAAUACAAAAUUUUUUCAUGCCUUAACGAAACAAAGGAGAGCAAGGAACAAGAUCACUCAGUUACUAGAUGAAAAUGGAAAUAUUGUGGAAGAUGAAGAAGGAUUAGUAGCCAUUGCUACUAGCUAUUUUAGACAAAUUUUUGAGUCGUCUAAUCCACAGGAUAUUGAAGAAGCUCUAUCUGAAGUUCCUACGAAAAUAACGGAGCCAAUGAAUGAAAGUCUUACAGCACCGGUAACGGAGUGGGAGAUUAAAUUAGCUCUUUUUGCUAUGCACCCAGAAAAAGCCCCGGGACCAGAUGGGAUGACUGCGCUUUUUUAUCAGAAGUUUUGGGAUAAGGAUGAUAUAACUCUUAUGGUUAAUAAGUUCCUUACGGAAGGGAUAAUGCCUGAUGGUCUAAAUGAAACCAAUAUAUGCCUCAUCCCAAAGACAUCGACACCUAAUGCAAUGACUCAGUUCCGGCCUAUUAGUCUGUGUAACGUAAGUUACAAGAUUAUCUCUAAGGUCCUAUACCAGAGACUUAAGAAAGUACUACCAGGCUUGAUAUCGGAAACCCAGUCAGCCUUUGUUGCUGGCAGACAAAUUUCAGAUAAUAUUAUGGUUGCUCAAGAGAUGUUUCACGCUCUCAGGACAAAGCCUAGUGGACGCAACAAAAGAAUGACUAUUAAGACAUAUAUGAGUAAAGCCUAUGAUAGGAUGGAGUGGUCAUUUAUUGAAGCCGUGAUGAGGAAGAUGGGCUUCUCUGAAACUUGGAUCAUAUGGAUAAUGAGAUGUAUCACAUCUGUACAUCAUAAAGUCCUCAUGAAUGGGCAACCAAGAGGAAAUAUUAUUCCAGGAAGAGGCCUACGCCAAGGAGAUCCUUUAUCUCCUUUCAUUUUUAUUCUAUGCACGGAAGCGCUCGUUAGCCUUCUUAAUCACGCAGAGAACCAGGGAAAGAUAACAGGGAUGCGAGUUACCCGCGCGUGUCCAUCGAGGAUCAACGCAACCACAAGGCAAGAGAUCAAAGAUGUUAUUGGAAUACAGAAUGAUGGAGGAAUGGGGACUUAUUUGGGCAUUCCAGAAGAUAUUAGUGGCUCAAAAUGCAAGCUCUUUGCAUUCUUAAAAGAUAAACUAAUGCAUAGAGUUAAUAGCUGGACAGGGCGCUGGCUCUCGAAAGGUGGAAAGGAGGUAUUGAUUAAGUCCAUUCUACUUGCCCUCCCGACGUAUGUUAUGUCUACUUUCCUGCUCCCAUUGGAGAUAUGUGAAAACUUUGCCAGUGCUAUUGCUCAAUUCUGGUGGAGCUCGAAUCCCCCUAAGAGAGGAAUACACUGGUCGAAAUGGGAGAAAGUCUGCCUACCAAGAGAAGAAGGUGGGAUUGACUUUCGCAUGAUUCAUGAGUUUAACCUGGCACUUCUAGCGAAACAAUUAUGGAGGCUAACACAAAAUCCGGAUUCUCUGGUAGCCCGUGUCUUAAGAGGAAGAUAUUACAGACUGAGCUCGCCUUUACGAGUAAAUUCUGUAAAUAGUCCUUCUUAUGUAUGGACUAGUAGUAUCUCUGCUGCGAGGGAACUUUUGUUGCUGGGGAUAAGACAGAAAAUACACUCUGGUAAUGAGGUUAAAGUGUGGGAGGACCCCUGGAUUCCAUUGAAUCCUGCUAGACCAGCUAUUCCCAUAGCACCAGUUAUGAAUCCAAACAUGCGAGUGAGCGAUCUUAUAAAUCAGGAGUUGAAGGAAUGGGAUGUCAAUCUACUGGAACAAUAUGUCAGAUCUGAUGACAUACCCCUUAUAAGGAGUUUAGCCGUAAGCACAUCUCAUAGGCCAGACACGUUUUGCUGGAAUUUCACACGACAUGGACAAUACACGGUCAAGUCUGGAUAUUGGGUUGCUCAAAACUUAUUGAAGGAUGCUGAUGAAAAGCAAAUGUUAGAGCCAAGUAUUACAAAGCUCCAAGCCUUUGCUUGGAAGAUAAAGGCACCAAAGAAAAUCUGCCAUUUUAUAUGGCAAUUGUUGACUGGACAUGUGGCAGUAACGAGAAAUCUAGCAAGGAGAAAUAUGAGAUGUGACAACUACUGCCCGAGAUGUGGUGAACCAGAGGAGUCAGUAACAAAUGCUAUUUUCGAAUGUCCAUCUGCUCUACAAGUUUGGCUACAUUCAUCGACUCCAACUAAUCCUGGUGUUUUUCCAGCACCAAGUAUCUACACAAAUAUGAACUAUCUCUUCUGGGAAAAAGAUGGUUCACUUGAACCAGAGCUCGACAGGGAUCCUUAUCCCUGGCUAAUUUGGUAUAUCUGGAAGGCUCGAAAUGACAAACUCUUUAGGGGAAUAGACAGAGAUCCACUGGAACUAGUCCGAUAUGCUGAAAGUGAGUGUCAAGCUUGGUUUAAUGCCAAUGUGAUACCGCAAUUAGUACAAGAGAGCACUAUACAGGAACCCCAAGUCAUAAGCUUGGGAAAUUGGGGGGAAGACACAACUCAUGGAUUCACAAAACUUUCCCAGAAGAGAAUCAGCUCUGCACUCAUAAGUGGAAGCACUGAGAUGGGCGAUGGAGAACAUGCUUCAAUAUUCAACAUGCCAGAACUUCGGAACAGACUGCAAAGAUUUGAUCGCAAUGAUCAAGGAACCUCAGGCUUGGCCAAGUUUUGCUACGGAAUUGGAGAGGAUAGAGACACUGCUUAUAUGCUUCCCGGGCUUCAAGAUUUCUUAUGUUCCAAGAGCGCAUAA